CCUACACCAAUAAUCACUGCGCACGCAUCGUAUAUCACAACGGUCGCAUGAAAACUCAUAAUCCAGAAAAAACGUGUUGCAAUCGCAGCGUAUUGAUCGACCACCUUCACGCAAUAAGCUCAAUGAUCUACUUCGUGCAUGGCGAAGCGCUGCAAGGCACCAAAUUGGACGAGCGUGUAGCCAAGGGCACCCUCGCCGGGUACGACUGUGCCAUGAUGUAUCCUGUCUGGAUUAUCAGCCUUAAGCAAGUCCCCCGGUUUCGAUACGCGAGGCCAUCGAGACACCGGACAGGCCCGCUUCACUGACGAAAAAUGGAAGAAACCAC